CCGUACCAUUCUACGAACGUUGCUAUAGUUGUCCGCCAACUAUAAAUUAUCUAUUAGCAAGGUAAAGCACUGCAAUAUCAUAUUUAAGACAAUAUGUCAACCGAAUUAUAUAUUAAUUGCGUAUUUGCUAGGUUACUUAUUACUGGCUUUCAUUUUCUGCAGACAAACAAAACACAUAUUUUAUUUCAUUCGCAAACGACGUAUCUCUACCUGUUUUCGGACAGUCGUUUUCGGAUACGGUAUGGUUCGUCGAUUUUAAUUUAUUUCCAACGGUCUUAAUAACAUUUUUUAUAGAAUGACAAAUACACAUGCGGUGUUACGGAUGGUCUGAUUGAUAAAAUUUUGCAUUGUACUCACAAUAAAUUGCACAUAGAAAGAAAACAAAGAAUAACAAUAAGCAAGGGCUCGAGGGGCUCUGCCCUUUUUCCCCUUUAUCCUACGGUCUCUGAAUCUCUGCUUAAUUUUCCGUAUUUCGAAUUUGGGACAAUUGACACCCCUGAUAUAUAUUACAUGUAUGUCACUACAAGUGCGAGUGUUUUUUUCGUAUUGAUUUCACUAUGCUCAUGAUGUUGGUCACAAUGUAUGUUUGCAUUAUCUCUUUUAUUGACUGGAAUAUAAAUGAAUAAAUGUUUAGAUAUUUGUAAAUUUGUUGCUUUUUAUAUAUAAUAUCUCAGUAAUUUGCUUAAAGUACAAAAGAUCAUUGACUCCCCUGCGUUAUUAUUAUGACUCAUAUAAAUUUGAUUUUGACUCUUGAAAAUUUGGUCCCAAGAGUCAUUGACUCUUGAGAUUUGAGGUCUAAGGAAAGCCCUGGAUAAAUCAUUCAAUGAUUGAACUGUUAGUUAUUUGUUAAAACAAAAUGUUUUUGUCAUUUUAAGUUUUUCAAUUUUAAGGUAAUUUAACGUAAUUUCUUAGGUGUUCGAUAACUGGUUCGUCCACCAUAAAUGCAAUGGUUAGUGACUAUCAAAGAUUAACAUUAAUUAUUUCGCCUCUUUUAUUUCUGGUGGAAAGUCAAAUGGGAGCAUGAAGAGAUUGGAAUUUUUAUGCCGCCGGAUUGAAUGAUCUGGGGUAUAUUGUUUUUGGCCUGUCUGUCUGUCAUUCAUGCAUUUUAUAUGUGUAUCCCAAAACUUUAACCUUGGCCAUAACUUUUGCAAUAUUGGAAGAUACAACAUGUAGCAACUUGAUAUUUGGCAUGCCUGUGUAUCUCAUGGAGCUGCACAUUUUGAGUGGUGAAAGGUCAAGGUCAUCCUUCAAGGUCAAAGGUCAAAUAUAUGACUUCAAAGUGGCGCAAUAGGGGGCAUUGUGUUUCUGACAAACACAUCUCUUGUUCAUGCGCUAAAAUUGACAUGGAUACAAGCGAAUAUAUGCUGAAUAGUAUCAUUGAUUACGACGCUGGUGAACCACAAGGACCGAGUGCGGAUCACAGAGAGGACAGCACGGGCUCUGGCCCGGGUCGGGGAGGUUGUGAGUCAGGCAGUGGAGCGCUUCGUGGCUGUAGGGGAGACAAUCGGGGAUGAGCAUCCAGAACUACGUAGUGAGAUGUGCGAGACUUGUAUGGAGGCAAGACAAGCAGGCAACUCCAUUCGUCAGCUGACAGCCUUGGAACAAGCCUGUCCAGAAGGUGCCUCUAAGCCGUUCACGGAGAAAAGCCAGAUGGUGCGUGCGGCACGUAAACUUCUCUCUGCCAUCACCAAAGUGCUUCUUAUAGCAGACAAGGUGAUAGUGAAACAACUGCUGCUCUCAAAAGACAAGGUGCUUGGUAGCCUGCAGGAGUUGGAGCGGGUGGAGAGUUUCACAGACUUUGUGAAGGCGUUCAGCACGCUGGGAACCAAUAUGGUGGAGCUGGCACAUCUCACAGGGGACCGUCAGAAUGACUUGAAGAGUGAGAGACUGAAGGCCCAGAUGGCCUCGGCCAGGGCUGUGCUGGAGAAAUCCACCAUGAUGCUGCUGCCCUCCUGUAAGACUUGUCUCCGCCACCCAGAAUGCGCCUCAGCCCGUCAAAACCGCAACGGCCUCUUUGUGCAGAUGAAGCAGGCCUUGACACUGAUACACAACGUUGCUACUGAUACGGGUUAUCAUGUGGUCACCGGGGGCAACAUGUCGCCGACGAUGAUCAAUGGAGACUCCGGGAUCGUGCUGGGUGGAUGUGUGGUCACUGCUAACAAGGCUAUCAAAGAUUUUGAGGACCAAGUGGAGAUGGUGCGUGUGACCCACAUCAACAACUACUUCUCUGACAAGCUGACAGUUGCUAUGGAGACGGUUGUCGAGGCGACCCAGGAUUUCACGGACUCUCCGUACACGUCACAUGAUCAUCGGGAACGUGUCCUGGAGAUUGUGGACCUGCUUCAGCAGGCCGUGCAUGUGCUCAUUAAGACUGGCACCUUACAGUUGCACAAGGACGUGGUAGCCAGCCAAGAUAUGGAGAUGGCGAUCCUGAAAACACUGGAGACUGCAAAGACGCUGAAAAAACAGCUGCAAGAGGCUGCGAUGGAGCAGGCUGGGGAACUGUUCAAGUGUAACGAGGACCAUGUGUUGCUACGGAGCCUGCAGACUGCUGGAAUUCAGGGGGAGACUGGCUCUGUGGAUGAACUCUCCGUCAAAUUUGGGGAACAUAUCGACCAGCUGGAAGAGGUAUGUAAGCUGUUCCGCCACAUUGCAACCACAGAGCCUUUGGUCAUCACCGCAGAACACAAUGAGAUCAUGCUGCGGUCACUGGGACCACUGAUUCUCCACGCGGCCCGUACUCUGGCACAGUACCCCAGCAGCAAGAUAGCGAAGGAGAACUUGGACCUGUUUGCUGACGCCUGGGAGUCACAGAUCAACGACCUUUCUGUACUGGUGAAGGAGGUCAACGACUUUUGCCAGGGCAAGACUGACCGCCUGGUCUACCUGUCCCUGCCCAGACCCGGGAAACAUGGCACAACAUCCAAACUGGCCAGACCAGCAAAAUUAGAUGCAGAGGAGCAAGCAAAGAUCGCAAAGUUGGGCCUGGAAAUGAAGCUGAUCACAUCUGAGAUGGAUGCAGAGACUGACAAGUGGGAGGAGCCUAAUAACGACAUUGUCAAGAGAGCAAAGAACAUGUCCAGCAUGGCAUUUUCCAUGUAUUUGUUCACACGUGGAGAGGGGCCACUGAAGACUACACAGGACCUGUUUGUGCAGGCUGAGUACUUCGCAGAGGAGGGAAAGAAGCUGUACAGGACUGUCAGAGACUUCUCCAAUAAGGUGCCUAUGUGUCCACAGAAGGAUGAGCUGCUGACCUACGCUGACCGCAUACCGACCUGCUGUCAGAACCUGCUGACCACUCUCAAGGCAUCCACGUAUGGCAAAUCUGCCACCUUCAACAAGGUUGAUGGGGCUAUACAGGAAACCAAGAAUCUCAUGAACGCCAUAGCCAAGGUGGUCACCGUCUGCUUCAUAUGUGCAACAAAGUUUGGCAUAGACUACCGCCGUUCACCUGGAGGAACUAUGGCAUGGAGGGGUCAAAGGUCAUUUGAUAGGCACCCAAGGUCAAGCAGUGAAAGUGGGUCAAGGUCAUUUGAAGGUCAAAGGUCAUUUGAAACCCAAAAGGGACUGUACGACACACCAAGACCUUUUGACGGGAAAACCAGAUCACUGGAGGGUCAUUACAAGUCAUGUGAGCCUGUCCGGUUGAUGGAUGGACAGGGUCAAAGGUCAAGUGAGAUUUCUAGGUCGUAUGAAGGUCACGGCGGAAGGUCACUGGAUGUGAGAGGAGCGGCCAGUGACAGUGAUUCCAUGUAUAGUUCUCACUCUGAUUAUUAUAUGAGAUCCUCUUCAGAUAAAAUGUGUAGCAGCGGUGCAAGCUACGAAGCCUAGUCACUUAAAAUUGGGGCCUUUAGUAGUUAAGCAUUGUAUAGCUUUAUGAUUGAUAUUUAUUUAAUACCUUCCCAUCUGCAAAUUAGAGUGUGUACUGGAUUCACCAUGGACAUUGGUCUGUAUGUCUCGCGAAUGACACAAAUUUGCCUGACUGAGAACUCUAAUAUUUUAGUCAGGUUCAUUUAAAGAAUUUAACUUGCAUGUAAACAAUGUUAAAAGUUCUGACCUGUAUUGAACUUAUUUACUUAAACUUUCAAUAAUAAUUGAACUAAUUUACGUAAAAUUUCUAUAACAUAAACUUGUAGGAGUGAGA